AUGGCAGACCAAGAAGCGGGGUACCCGCAGAAGCCCCGGCGGCCGCCAGAUGAUGCCGAUCCUGGCCUCGGUGUGUGUGGAUGGAUCCUGGUGAUCACCUCACUUGUUUUCACUGUUCUGACAUUUCCUAUAUCAAUAUGGAUGUGCAUAAAGAUUAUCAAGGAAUACGAGCGAGCCAUCAUCUUCAGACUUGGACGCAUCCUAAAAGGGGGAGCAAAGGGACCAGGUUUGUUUUUUGUCCUGCCUUGCACAGACAGCUUCAUCAAAGUUGAUAUGAGAACCAUCUCUUUUGAUAUCCCUCCUCAGGAGAUCCUGACCAAGGACUCAGUGACAGUUAAUGUGGAUGGAGUGGUUUAUUACAGGGUGCAAAAUGCCACCCUGGCUGUGGCAAACAUCACCAAUGCCGACUCAGCCACCCGGCUCCUGGCACAGACCACCCUCAGGAAUGUCCUGGGCACCAAAAACCUCUCUGAGAUCCUCUCUGACCGUGAGGAAAUUGCACACAGCAUGCAGGUCACACUUGAUGAGGCAACAGAUGACUGGGGCAUUAAGGUGGAACGUGUGGAGAUCAAGGAUGUGAAGUUACCUGUCCAGCUGCAGAGAGCCAUGGCUGCAGAAGCAGAGGCUGCCCGGGAGGCAAGAGCCAAGGUGAUCGCUGCCGAGGGGGAGAUGAAUGCCUCCAGGGCCCUGAAGGAGGCGUCCAUGGUGAUCACAGAGUCUCCCGCUGCUCUCCAGCUCCGCUACCUGCAGACCCUGACCACCAUCGCUGCCGAGAAGAAUUCCACCAUCGUCUUCCCCCUGCCCAUAAACAUCCUGCAGGGCCUCCUAGUGCUGUUUAACAGAAGAAGAUCUGGAUGCUUCUUGGGGAAGACUCAUCAGGCUUCCACCAGCACUGAGUCUGACAUCUUUAAAAUCUGGGAUGAGGCAGUGGAAAUGAAAUGCCAAGAUCCAUGAUGUAAGUGCCCUUCUCCCACUGGCCAGCAUAACUCCAUAAGUUGUUUCUUAUGCUCUUUCUGCUCCAAUCAGCUCUGUAUUUACAGGUGUUUUAGGCCUGGGUACCUGUGCCUCGAC